CCUUUAUUUUCAUUUAAGGGUAGCGGGGAAAAAAAAAAGAAAAGAAAAAAAGAAGAAGAAACGCAGGGCACGGCCAUUAACCGGCGUCUAUUUGAUCACCGAUUUUCCCCAAUUUCAGUCGAAUUUUUAAUGACUGUAGUGAAAUUUUCACGACAUUAACGAUUUCUGAGGAUACUCCUCGAAGCUCUCUCUCUUUUUAAGCGCCCUACCUCUUCUGAAACGGUCGUUGUUCUCUUGUCGGAUAAGGUUUUGCUGAAAUCGAGGGUUUUCAGAAGCCCUAAGUCUUCUCAGUAGCAAAGGUUGAUAUUUUGUUUCAAAUUUAGGGUCUUAUGAAACCUUAGGGUGUUGCAGAAGUGGGAUUCGGAGAAAAUUAGGUUUUGGAUAGACGCCAGGGUACAUUUUGAGAGAAAGAGGGUGUUUUCCGAAACCUAGGGUUUCUCCAAACCCUAGGUUUUUUGGGGGAGGAAAGAUGAAGGGCCUCUUCAAGUCCAAGCCUCGAACCCCUGCAGAGCUUGUGAGGCAAACCAGAGACCUUCUGGUUUAUGUAGACGUCUAUUGGAACUCUCGUGAAGCCAAGAAAGAAGAAAAGAUGGCAGAUUUAAGUAAACUCAUUCGUGAGUUGAAGUCUAUUCUUUAUGGGAGUAGUGAAUCGGAACCAAUCGCAGAAGCUUGUGCACAGUUGACCCAGGAAUUUUUCAAGGACAAUACUUUACGUCUUCUUAUCAUUUGCCUUCCAAAAAUGAACUUGGAGGCUCGCAAAGAUGCAGCUCAGGUUGUGGCAAAUCUGCAAAGACAGCAAGUUCAGUCACGUCUAAUUGCUUCAGAUUAUUUGGAAGCUAAUAAAGAUCUUUUGGACAUUUUGAUAGCUGGGUAUGAGAAUGUGGAUGUAGCACUACAUUAUGGUGCAAUGUUGAGGGAGUGUAUUCGUCAUCAAAGUAUUGCAAGAUACGUUUUGGAGUCUGAACACAUGAAGAAAUUUUUUCCCUAUAUACAACUCCCCAAUUUUGACAUUGCUUCUGAUGCUAUGGCUACAUUUAAGGAACUUCUAACAAGGCAUAAAUCAACAGUUGCGGAGUUUUUGAACAAAAACUAUGAUUGGUUUUUUGCAGAUUAUAACUCCCAGCUGUUGGAGUCCUCUAAUUACAUCACUAGACGUCAAGCUGUGAAGCUUCUUGGAGAUAUUCUACUAGACCGUGCCAAUGUUGCCAUUAUGGUGCGGUAUGUAAGCUCAAAAGAUAACUUGAGGAUCCUCAUGAAUCUUCUCAGGGAAUCAAGUAAGAACAUCCAGAUUGAGGCGUUCCAUGUUUUCAAGGUAUUCGUGGCUAACCAGAACAAGCCUCCAGAAAUUGUUAGCAUCCUCGUCGCAAACAGAAGCAAGCUGCUUCGAUUUUUCAGUGACUUCAAGACUGACAAAGAGGAUGAACAAUUCGACCAAGAUAAAGCCCAAGUGGUCAAAGAGAUCGCAGCCUUGGAACCCAGAGAGCUACCAUAGGUUUAGGGGAUGGGGGGUUGUACCCUUUAUGGCAUUGCAAGUUUCUUUAUGUAAUAUUAGUCGGUCUAAAUGUGCAAUCGUAAGAAGAUAAUGCAUUCUGAAUCUUGCUUUAGAGAGCGCUGGUAGCAUGUGAAAUUCAUAUAUUUAUGCCGCAUCACCUGAUGGCCUGCAGGCCUUUUGAUGCGGGAUUCAUUUGUAUUCUCCAGUCUCCACUGUUUUGUGGUGAAGGAUACCUGUUAUGGGGUUUGGUGAAUUACUGCGGUGUUUAUUGCAUUUUCGCUCAAAAGUGUAUAUAUAGAA